AUGCUCCUUGAGGUCAUGACGAGCAAUGUUCUGCCGAUUCUCUCUGGUCUGACGGAGGCGGUUUGCCAGGCCUUUCUCCUUGUUCGCACUGGCGCGCUGAUGGAAAGUGUUACCCACCGCUACGUCUUCUACGGCUUGACAGGCUUGGUCAUCCUAGGCGGCCUCCUCGGCUCGGUCCUGUACAGCUCAAUGGGCUUCCUGCUCAUCAAGAACGUCAACACCCCCAUCCCGCCUACCGUUUGCCAAGCGGUUUGGCUCUGGAUGAGCGCAGGCGCCGACAUCUUCAUUUCGGUCGCACUCGCCUACACGCUUCACCGCCGCAUCACCAACCUCGGCGGCUUCAACGCGACGACCGAAGGCCUUGCCAAGAAGCUCAUCACGAUCGCGCUCCAGACGGCGGCAUACACCUCCAUCAUGUCACUUGUUGGCGCGUCGCUCUCGACAGCCUAUUCGCACAGCACCGACUUCCACACUAUUUCGAUCGGCCAGGCGUUCUGGCUACCUCUUCCGGCCCUGCACGGCAUCUCCCUGUACACGACGCUUUCUAUUCGCAAGUCGAUUGCGUCUACACUCUCGAACUCGCGCGAGAACGACUCUCUCAACCCGACGCUCCCUCGAGGCGGUUUCGGCCGCAACGCUGGCGACGCAGCAGGCGGCGCCGUCAAGCUCUCGACCUUCCGAGUCGGCGACAGGCGCAGUCACCAGCACACUCUGCCGACAACCUCGCAGACCGGCACUCUGGGCGGCGUCCAGGUCCCGCUCGAAGUCAAGGUCCAGCAGACGCAACAGAUCUCGUUCGACGUGCGCGACGAGUUUGACGAGGAGUGCAGUCUCGAGGGCAAGCUGAAGGAGUCGCUUCGAUAG